AUGAAUCAUGACAAAACGGAGUACACAGAAAUCACUAGACUCAAUGAUCGCAAUAAAGAAGAAUGGAGAUCAACACGAAAACUUGGAAGUCUGAUUGGUGAUGAUGAGGAUGUGCUGAGGAGGAAGCAACUGGCGACAGCUGCCUUUCGGGGCCUGUGGAACCUCUGGAAACGAGGCCAGCAGGUCAGCGAAAAGCUUCGGCUAUACCAAGCCUUCAUCAGCCCUGUACUGCUGUACAACUCUGGUACGUGGGCGGUUACCAAGUCAGCUCAGGAGCGACUGGACUCCUUCCAUCGGCGUCAACUGAGGUCGCUUAUAGGCAUCAGGUGGCCUCAGACGAUAUCGAACAACGCACUAUACGCCCGAUGUGAAAGCCAGCCGAUCAGUCACACCAUCAAGAUAUUGCGAUGGAAGCUAUUCGGACAUGUCCUCCGUCUGUCCGACAGCACACCAGCCGUCCAGGCAAUGGUCAGCUACUACACCAGCAAGGACCUCAAGGGCUGGAGAGGACGGCCGAGGACCAGCCUGCCGGGUACACUAUCUGCUGACUUGGAGGCAGCAGAUGCCGGAAAGCUGAGUAGUCUGGAGGACUUGCACAGAAUCAGGAAGAUUGCAGUGGAUAGGGCCGAGUGGCGAGCUCUGUGUCAACGGGUGACAGAAAAGGAUCUGUAA